AUGAAACCCCAACCAGUAGAAGGAGGAGGAUUGCCGAGAGAAUCGGCACUUGGAAGAUGUAGUGUGGUAUUGGAGCGUAUAUCGGGCGCUACCACUACACCUACUGAAGCUGGAGGAACUGUCAAUCGUUCUUAUAUGAUGACAGACGUAGCCGCGGAGUCAGACUCCGCUAACUCCAUGGCGAGUAUAAACUCACGGGUAACCAUGAGUCCCCUGGCCUGCCGAGAGGCUCUGUGUACCCCAGGCAAAGAGUCACGUUUCUGGCGCACCCGAAAACGCUCGCGAUUGGAUGACGGAAGUUCGAGCGAUACUACCAUCCCAUCUCCCUCAGGAAGACCUCGCACAGGUCUCCGCAAGGCACACAGAGUGGAGAAAGAAGCCCAAUCUGAAACGGAAACCGGAGCAUCCACCUCGGCAGACCCAAAAUCAAAAACUGCGAGGUCACCAUCCAUAGCGCUGCACACAAUUGGUGCCAAUACUGCGACAGAAGAGGUUAGGAAGAGAAUAGAGGCAAAUCUAACAAUCGUCGAAAAGAUUGCCAAAACUUCCAACCACCUCAAGUCUACCUACGUAGCCGACUUGAGAAGCGCCGCCAAGGCGAUUAGGGAGGACGCUGAUUCCCUGGCUGUGAGGACUCUUACCGAAGAAACAAGUGCUCUUCGCGCCGAGAAUGAGCGUCUGCGCAUAAGACUGGACGUAAUCCAAAGUGAAAUGCGGGAGCUGCGGCUGCUCAUACAUCGGGGCUCUGUUGGCUCUGCGCAACCGGUGGAGAUACCUGAAGAUUUCGAAGCCAGAAUGGUGCGCAAGUUAGGAGAGCUUAUUGAUACGCGGCUGCAGAACUUGCAACCACGAGCGAGUCCGCAGCGGCGACAUCACCUCUCCAGUUCUACGGAGGGAGGAAGAAGCCGAGAUAUCGAACCUCGGAAGGACAGUCGUCCAGAAGUCUUAAAGAAUACGGGACCAAGGCCUAAAAAAACCAAGGCGCUCUCUAAGCUGGCACAGAACGUGGCGCAGGAAAAGCAAGAGACCGAAAUACAAGAGGGAGGUAAAAAGAAGAAAAAGAAGAAAGGGAAAGGAUCUGGGAAUGAGAGUCGAGCGGUGGAAUUGCGAGCCGGGGGAUCUACUCCUGCUUUCUCUCCCGCGACGGUAGUUCCUUCGUGUGACGACGCGGAGACCCUAACGGCGCCCACGGCCGAUCCUUCUAACGAGGGCUGGUCAGUGGUGACGAGAAAGGGCAGAUCAGACGCGAACAAGGCACUACGUGCUGGGUCCGGAAAAACUACGGUUGAUACACGUAAGAUCCAAACACCCAAACCAUCUCAACGUAUGCUGAAGGCUCCACGAUCUGCCGCAGUCGUCUUGACAAUCUCAGCAGAGGCACAGGCUAACGGCGUUACAUACGCCUCUGCUAUCAAGGAAGCUAGAACUAGAAUUGACCUCAAGGAGGCCGGAAUAGACUGCGUGAAGUUUCGCCAGGCGGUCACAGGAGCCACAGUUAUCCAGAUCCCUGGGCCCGGUAGCGGAGAAAAAGCUGAUCUAUUAGCAAACAAAUUGAAGGCCCUUUUUAAAGACAAUGCCAUCAAGGUCUCAAGACCAGUUAAAAUGGCAGACCUACGCGUAUCGGGCCUAGACGCGUCCGUGACAGCGGAUGAUUUGAAGGACGCCAUUGUCUCAAAGGGAGAAUGCUUGGUUGACCAAAUACGGAUUAGCCAAAUACGCAAAGACAGAACUGGACUCUAUGCAGCCUGGGUAAACUGCCCUGUAACAGUGGCCAAAAAACUUACCGAAACGCGCUUUCUCGUCGGAUGGGUAGCGGCAAGGGUAAGUGUACAGGCACCACGAGAGAUGCGAUGCUUCCGAUGUCUGGAAGUCGGGCACGUGGCCAACCGCUGCACUUCAGAGUGUGAUCGCAGCCAUCUAUGCUACCGCUGCGGGCAGCCAGACCACAAAGCUGCCAACUGUACCGCCAAGCCGAACUGCACAGUAUGCACAGCAGCAGGCAGAAAAGCGGACCAUCGCUUAGGCGGUGAUGGCUGCGCUGCCCCUAAUAAUAGAGCGCCAAAAACACGGCCUAAGAGACACACUGCGGGCUCCCAGGCAGACGGAGCGAUCAUGGAGAUAGUAGAAACCAUCGAAGUAUAG